AUGAAGAGCUCCGUGCAAAGCCUCCUAGAGAACACAUCUCCAGAUAAAGAGAAUGAAGAGAAAUUGAAUGAAGUCGAGGCAAAGGGCGGUGAAAUGACCCCUUCACCGAGCACUCCGACGGCUAGCGAAAGUGACCAGAUAACGAAUGAAAACGAAGCAAUAAGUGGUGAAGUAACUCGUUUCGCAGAGUAUCGACUAACCCUAAGCGACACGGCAACAACAGCAAGUUCUGAGUCCAACAGCCGCUUAAAUCGAAAUACGAAUAUUCCAAGAACUUCGGAGUACGAAGUCGCCCACAAGUAUCAUAUCCAAUCCCACAUCAACACUGCAACUCGUACUCCGGUCGUCAUACAGGCGGUACCUGUUCGGGAACUAUUUCGAUCGCCUACGACAACGAGGAAGUCGACAUCUGAAGAAAUUGCCGAAAAGGAAGUGAAACCAGUUCUCCUUCAACCUCGCUUCGUACAUUGA